AUGAACAUAAUUCGAGGAUUUCAUGUCUUGCUGUCAAGUUUACCAACCAAACUGGGGCUCACUGCAGCAUCCAUGAAUGACCCAAUUGAAUAUUAUUAUUAUGAGUAUUCUCCCAGCUAUGCCGAGACUUAUCCUGAUCCAGCUACUAAUGAUCCUUGUUAUUCCAAAAAACACUCUUAUUUAGAAAUAUUUAUCCCCAUUCUUUAUACUGUCACAUUCAUCAUAGGCUGCCUUGGCAUCAUAUUUGCGAUCAUUGUAAUGAGGUUCAGACAAAGCACACAGAGACUGGUGGACACUUUUGUCAUCAACCUGGCCUUAGCAGACCUCAUCUUCAUUUUCACAUUGCCUUUGUGGUCUGUGUCUGCAGCCACUGAUAAUCAUUGGCAUUUUUGAGACAGUCUAUGCAAACUCAGCAGUUACAUUAUAGCAGUGAACAAAUUCUCUAGCAUUGCCUUCCUUACUUGCAUGAGUGUGGACCACUAUCCGGCUGUGGUCAGGCUCUUGAACACUAGGUUUGUCAGGAGCAGAAGAUGCAUACUGAUAGCUUGUGUCACCAUCUGGCUUGUUUCUCUCAUCGUGGGUCUACCUUCUUUAAUCUACAGGUAUGUUCAAAGUGAUGGAGAUUCUACAAGGAAAUUGUGCAUGGCAGAAACCCCUUCUGCAUUAUUUAAUGCCUUCAGUCUGUGUUCCCUUUUGCUGACAUUUGUUGUACCCUUAACCAUCAUUCUGUUUUGUUAUGGUUCAAUUUACAUGAGGCCUCACACUCACUUUGAAAUGGCAAAGGCUGAAAUAAAACACAAUAAUUCUCUCAAGAUUGUUUUUAGCAUUGUGACCGCUUUUAUUUGCUCCCGUUUGCCCUUCAGUGUUUUCAAGGCCAUCUGGCUAAUGGAUCAGUUAAAAGAAUUACAGCAAUGUGGCUUCUUGCAGGACCAGCAGUUCCCAGCACUACAAGUACCAGAGGCUAAGACAGACAAGGAAUCGGGAGUAACCAGUAGCAGAGGGUGA